CAUCUUCCUUUAGAAACCGCUUCUUCCUGUUGAUUCACAUGUGGUGAAGACUAAAGUGUUUACAGCGCUCUUCGACAACUGCACUUAGAGAAGUGUGUCAAAUACAAGGAUUUUCAUCCAAAAUGAAGUUCAUCAUCCUCUUCAUCUGCAUACCUUUGGUUUACUCAAAGUUACACAGCUUCAUCACCACAUACACUGAAAUAAAUGGACAGACGACUGCAGGAAUCCCAGAGUUUUCUGCUGUAACGACACUGGAUGGACAACAGAUCGAUUAUUAUGACAGUGUCAUAAUGACGCUGAUUCCCAGACAGGACUGGAUGAAGGAGUUUGCAUCUACAGAACUGUGGAAGAAAUACAUUGAGAUCAGAGAACAUGUACAGCAGAUCUACAAAAUCAACAUUCAUGUUCUAAUGCAGCGAUUCAAUCAGUCAGACGGAGUUCAUGCGUAUCAGAGGAUGUAUGGCUGUGAUUGGGAUGAUGAGACUGGAGAAUCACAUGGGUUUGAUCAGUACGGUUAUGAUGGAGAGGAUUUCAUCACACUGGACCUGAAGGAGAACAGAUACAUCACACCUGUACAACAGGGAAUACCCACAGUGCAGAAGUGGAAUAAUGACAUAAAGCUGCUUACAUCUUUGAAACAAUACUAUAAUCAUGAUUGUGUUCACUGGCUGAAGGAGCUCUUGAAGUUCUGGAAAGAGGCUAACAGGAUAACAGCUCCUGAAGUGUUUCUGUUACAGAAGAAUCUCUCUUCUCCAGUAGAGUGUCAUGCCACAGGUUUCUACCCAUCAGGAGUGACACUUACCUGGUUCAGAAAUGGACAGGAGCACGAUGAGGAUGUGGAUCUUGGAGAUCUUCUGCCAAAUGAGGACGGGACCUUCCAGAAGACAACUAGCCUUCAUGUUUCUCCAUACGAAUGGGAGAACAACCAGUUCACUUGUGUGGUGGAGCACCAGGGAGAAAUCAUCCAGAAGACUGACGAAGAGAUCAAGAGUUACUAUUUGGCUUCAUCAGUUGUAGGAUGUGGGGAAUGUACGGAGCCCCUAAAGGGACAUGGUGAUGGGAAAUCAUAUGGGAGGAAAAAUUAG